AUGCAUUUCUCAAGCCUUCUCGUCUCUGCUGCCGCCACUUUUGGCCUCUCUUCAGCCAUUAUCACUGGUAUCUCGGCUCCAGCCACUAUCAAACCUGGUGAUGGUUUCAACUUCUAUAUCAACACGGCAAACUAUAUCCAAUCAGUUGAUGAUAUCGCUAUUGCAGUUGGUAUCGCUGGUGGAAAGGGUUUCCCAGGAGCCCUAGGACAAGUCACAGACUCGUGGUACCUCGGACCCGAAAAAUCCAAUAUCGUCACCCGAAUCCCCCACUGGACUUCCAUCCCAAGCACUACUCCAAAAGGAAAGGCCACUUACACCGCUGCCAUUUUCUCCCUCUUUGGUGCUGCGGAUGCACAGACUUUGGUGACUUAUAAUGUCACAGUCACCAUUGGCGAUUCGACCUCGACUAGCUACGUUACCAGCAAGCCAUAA